AUGUUUAAUCGACAAUUUCAUCUCAUAAUUACCUUAUUAAUCUAUUUAUCUUAUAUUAAAGGAUUUACUAUACAUAAUGAAUAUCUUCAAAAUGAAAAUUUAUUGAACUUAUGUGGUCGUUGCAAUAGAACAAUUGCUAAGGUAAUAAAUGAUUUAUCGGAUUUGAAUUUUCAAUUGAAAUUGGAAAUGAAACUUGUCGAUGGAUGUAAGUAUACUGGCCCGCUUCGUGAUAAUUGUGCAUCAUUAUUCAGUUCAACAAUGAUUAAAAUUAUCAACAAAUUUAUAGUAAAUAUGAAACCUGACAAAGUUUGUAAGAAUAUAUUUUUAUGUUCCAUAUAA